AGGGCCGGGCCGGGCGGUCUGCGGGGCGGUCGGCGCCGCUCGGAUCCGCCUCCCGGGCCGGGGCCGGGCGCCGAGCACCCUCCUCCUCCCCCUUGCCCAGGCGGGGGCUGCCCGCGGCGCCGGGGCCACACAAAGCGGCGAACGGCGGGGCCUCCGCGCCGCCCGUCCGGCCGCAGCCGCCGGCCAUGGAGCCGCCCGCGCCGCCUCAGGAGCAGCCGCCGCGCCCGCGCUCGCACACGGUCACCACCACCAGCAGCUCCUUCACCGCCAACCUGUCGGCCAGCUCCAGCACCCUCGCCUACGACAGGGAGUUCCUGCGCACCGUGCCCGGGCUCCUCAUGGUGACCGAGAUUGUAUUGGGGCUGCUGGUGUGGACUCUGAUUGCUGGAACAGAAUACUUUCUAUAUCCAGCCUUCGGCUGGGUGAUGUUUGUAGCUGUGUUUUACUGGGUUCUCACUGUCUUCUUUCUGAUCAUCUACAUGACAAUGACCUACACCAGGAUCCCCCAGGUGCCAUGGACCAUGGUGGGCCUGUGUUUUAAUGGAAGUGCCUUUGUUUUGUAUCUCAUUGCUGCCAUUGUAGAUGCAUCUUCAGUUACCAAAGAUCUGGAUAAUCACAAUUACAACAGCUGGGCAGCUUCUUCAUUCUUUGCCUUCGUGGUUACCUCCUGCUAUGGUGGAAAUACAUAUUUUAGCUUUAUAUCCUGGCGAUCACGAACUUUGCAGUAAAUACUUUGUUAAAGUGAACUCUGUAGUGUAAAGUACCUUGAGAAUUAUUCACUUGUGAUAAGAGCUUGGAAGAGGGGUGAGGUAUUUUUGAACAUUUCUCUUAGAAAUGACACAAUAGAAACCAAGAUCAAAUUAUUAUUUAUAUGAUGUCAUCUUUAGAGAUAUUUUUAACCUAACUUUGUACUAUAUAAUAAAAUUUCAUACUGCUUCUUUUAAAAUUAACAUGGUAUUUUUAUUAGACAUUGUAUAGUUGUUACUACUAGACCUUUAAUAAAUCUUACUCAAUGUGCCACAUUUGGAAAUGUAACUUUUAAAUGUUACAGGUAUACUUUUGAUACUGAGUGCUACCAAAACUAAGAUUGAUAUUGUAUAAUUAUUAUGUAUGAAAAGUGAUAUUAUGCAGAAAAAAAACACCUGCAAGUUUAAAAAAAAAUAAAUAAACGAUCCAACUGUCCAUGUUUUGUAAA